AUGGCUUCUGCCAGCGAACUUCCUCCAAACCAGUCACUACUAGAUGAUUCCCAAGAGCUAGACUCUACACCGCCGUCUAUACUGGCCGACCGCGUUGCUGCUGACGGGACCAAGGAGAUUGAAUUGGCGGAGCGCCCCUUAUCUACUUUUGAACGAGUCUUUUCCACACACACCCCCAUAUUCGAAUCCUUCCUCCUCCAGGCCCCGACAGAUACCAUUUUCCAACUCUACCAUACGUCACGUUUUCUUAGAAGUCUUCUCAGGUCCUACCCAACAGCAUGGCAAUACCUCUCUUUCCGGCUACUCUUUCAGUCUGGCACCCAGGUGCGGCCAGCAUCAGGUGGAACGGACGGUGCGUCAACACAGCGACAACCAUACGCUCUUGAUCAGUUGCUCCUCCAGGUAAUCCUACCAUUCAGCCCGACUUUAAGGAGCUUAGAUUUGGAUAAUACAUUGGUGAAUGGGCAAAAUCUCACUUCCACCGUGCUGAAUAUGCGGAGGGAUACUCUUGAACACCUUUCUGUGCGGGGUUGUAAGAACGUGUCCUUGAAAUACCAUAUUAUUCCGUACCUCACCAUGUUCAAGCUUCAAUAUGAUGCAGAAAUCAAUCAGAGAGGUAGAAGUCCCUCCCCAGUGAAGCGGCUUGCGCUUAAGAGCCUAUACGCAUACCGAUGCCGCCACCAUAGACGACGCCCUUAUUUAUCAUCGUCUCUACUCCGCCGGGAUUCAGACUCAGAGCCAACGCAUGAUUUCGUCAUGCUGUGCCAUAAAUUGGGGAUUUGGACGGAUACUGCGUGGUGCACUACCCCUGCGGCACGCUGUUUUAGGAGAAGGGGUUACGUCUCGUCAAGGUCACCGCAAGGGACGAGGGAGGUAUGGGUCGUGUUUGACAGGCUGUGGAGAUCAAAGAACUGGAUUGGAUCAAUAAAUGAGAGGGAUAAACCCCCGAAACGCGAUGGACGGCUAUGGGAGCACGACGAAACAGGCUGCUUCGGGGAAGCGUUGGGUACGGCUGAUGGCCCUGAACAUGGUGAAGGGAAAACCGUUCCUACCCAUUUACGGAAAAGCCAUAGGCGGUUUAUAGAGAAUAUUACUUGUGAUGAGUGCGACGAGGAGAUUCUGGAGAGAUGCGAACAAUGUAGCGUUUUAAUGCACUGCGUUGGCUGUCGCAAGACUCUAUGUGCUAGCUGCGCAUUCGAUCGCCACUAUCCUCGAAGAAAACCGGGGGAAGGUGCUGUCGUUGAACACUCAUGGUGGGCACCUGGAACGGCAGUGUCCCCGUGUUUUAUGCAGGAAGACCAGGACCCAAAUGCAGCGAAUACCAACAAUCAGGGUCCUCCUGCUCUCGCCUACCCUAACCUGAAAUUUCAUUGGUGCUGUACUGAGCCUGCAUUUAGUGGAGGCGGUGGGAUCAGCCUUGGGGUAGCUAACCGAGAAGUCGACCGGCUCCGAGCAACACCUCUCCCACGUGGUCAGGGGUGGGAAGAUCCUGAACUCUCCACCAAUGAGUGGCUCAAGACUUUCCCUAAGGAUGCAUAUGGAAAUCCACCCGACCAUGAUCGUCCGGAAGGCCAUGCGGAAAUGAUACGCUGGUUGCUUGGGCCGCCAGACUACCAGGCUUCUAUAUGCCCUCGAAAUCUCUGCCAGCAAUGUUUUGAUAGGCCACAGUGGAAGGUACACUGUAAGAGCUGUACCAAGCCUCUGUGCAUGGAACAUGAUCUACGAGGCUUACGCCUUCGAAUAUGUGGUUACCGGGAUCUUGUUAUGGAGAAGACAAAUCUUGCAAGCACCCAAUCGCCUACUGCUGACAAAAUAUCGGAGGCUCGAAGUACACCCCCAGCAACGGAUUCAGACCCAUCUCGCACAAUCAGAGGCCGACCUGCUGCAGAAUAUCCUGCUUCAUCUCCCCGCUUCAACCUAGCUCUGAUAAAUGUGCUCUCCACUCAAUUAUCGCACGGCUCUUCCUCGAGUAGUGAACCUGGCCCUUCCAGCACUCUUUCCGACAAUCAAGCCGCCGUCCAUCAUAGUUCUACGGUCCAAACACCCGCCUCCAUCUCACAAAGCCAUAGUCGCUCCUCAUCCCCCGCCUCCGUUUACUUUGAAGCAUCCCCUGAAGUCCGCAAAAAGUGGCUUGGUUGCCAAUCGAUCUUUUGCCCGCAGUACCGUGCAGUUGGUGACCAGCGCCAACGCUGCUCUAGCGUGCUACGGGAAUGCACGUCGUGCUCAAUACACGUAUGUCAAGACUGUAUACAUCAAAACCCACCCUGCACAUGUUCCUACUGUCACCUUAACUAUCUAUGCCCCAACUGCUAUCGCGCCAAAGAGCUUGACGGCACUUGCCGCCGGAUCGAGGAGGAGCGAUUGCAGCGCGAGGAAAAGCAGAAACGCGACUUAGAAAUGAUCGAGAUAGCCAUGGAGCGCAACCUGGCUAAUGAGGUCGCGUCGUUUGCGGGGCAAUUCUUUAUGGGACUGACGCGCAACCUCAAUGAGAGUGAGAAUCAGAAUCAAGAUGCUGGCAACGGUGGCGGUGUUGGCAGUAGUGGUCAUGGUGAUGAUUUUAUGACCGCGCCUGAACCGGCACCCCAGACUUCUGCCUCUGCGCCGCCUGGCAGUAACAGUAACCAUACCGACAACAAUGACAAUAACAGUUAUAAUCAAGCCCAGAACCCGAUCUCGACACAGCCAUCGAGCCAUCUCCAUAUAACCCAAGCUGGUCCGAUUCCAAUUGCGAAUGACGAUUAUGAUGAUAACGGCAGCGGAUCAGAGCAGACCGAGGUUUUGGUCGAAUGA